AUGAAAAAGAAGUAUGAAAGAAGUGCUAGAGUCAAAAGAUCACAUUUGCAAGCUCUCCGUAGAGAGUUUGGAACCUUAGAGAUGAAAGUUGGUGAAGGAGUCUCUGAGUAUUUCUCAAGAGUACUAACAGUUGCUAACAAAAUGACAACAUAUGGAGAGCGAAUGACUGAUGUUACAGUGGUGGAGAAAAUUCUCAAAUCAUUGAAAUGUGGAGAUGAAGGUGAUACUGGAACAUUCGUGAAUGAGGAAGACAUUCCUAAAGAACUGGAAAAUAGAGCAUAUAUAAAUGAAGACUUAAUUGCCAGUCUUAAGCCUGGUGAGAAUCGGGGAGAAUCAUUAAAUUUUCAUGAAAAUAUUCUUAGCAGUCCUCAACCUAGUAAGAAUAGCAGGGCAUCGCCAGAUCCAGUACAGUUUGAAGAUGCAGUAAAAUAUACACAUUGGAGGACAACAAUAGAUAUUGAAAUCAAGGCCACAAAGACGAACAACACUUGGGAACUUACUGAUCUGCUUGUCGGUGCAAAGAAAAUUGAAGUAAAAUGGGUUUAUAAGACCAAACUAAAAGAGGAUGAAGAAAUAAACAAGUUCAAGGCACGAUUGGUGGCCAAAGGGGAAAGUAAUAUUCUUAUUGCCAGUUUAUAUGUAGAUGAUUUAAUAUUUACUGGCAAUAAUGAAUUGAUUUUUGCUAAGUUUAAGACAUCCAUAUUGAGGGAGUUUGACAUGACUGAUCCAGAGAGAAUUCUGCGCUACUUAAGAGGAACUACUAAACUUGGGAUCUUCUACAAGAAGGGUGGGCGUGAAGGAUUAAUUGGAUACACUAACAGUGACUAUGCAGGUGAUCUAGAAGAUAGGAAAAGCACAUCUAGGUAUGCCUUAAUGAUAGGAUCUAGAGUUGUUGCCUGGUCUUCCAGAAAACAGCCUAUAGUCACAUUUUCAACUACUGAAGCAGAGUUUGUGGUUACAGCUGCAUGUGCUUCGCAAGUUAUUUGGAUGCAACAAAUACUUGAAAAACUAAGUCUGAAGGAAAGCAAGGGCACUACAAUUUUCUGUGAUAACAGUUCCACAAUUAAGUUGUCAAAAAACUCUGUGUUACAUGGUCAUAGCAAGCACAUUGAUGUGCGAUUCCAUUUUCUUCGUGAUCUUACACAAGGAGCAGUUAAAUUAGUCUACUAA